ACGUGAUAUUGGUCGCGUGACGUGUUGCGGUUUGACAACUGAAGCAGGAGUAGGCAUAUUUAGGUAAAAGAUAAAAAGGUGUUUAAACAUGGACAUCCGAGGUGCAGUGGACGCUGCCGUCCCAACCAACAUCAUUGCUGCCAAGGCUGCUGAGGUCCGAGCCAACAAGGUCAACUGGCAGUCUUACUUGCAGGGUCAGAUGAUCUCAGGAGAAGAUUGUGAAUUUAUCAAGAAGUUUGAAGUAGCUCAUUCUGAGCAGAAGCAGGCAAUUCUGACAAAUGAAGGACAUCAGUGUGCUAAGACCUUUCUUAACCUAAUGGCUCACAUUUCGAAGGAGCAGACAGUUCAGUACAUCUUGACCCUGAUUGAUGACACUCUGCAGGAAAAUCAUCAGAGAGUCAACAUUUUCUUUGAUUAUGCAAAGAAGACCAAAAACACAGCAUGGUCCUACUUCCUGCCCAUGCUGAAUCGCCAGGACCUUUUCACAGUUCACAUGGCUGCCAGGAUCAUUGCUAAGUUGGCGGCAUGGGGACGUGACUUGAUGGAGGGGAGUGAUCUGAACUACUACUUCAACUGGAUCAAGACUCAACUCAGUUCCCAGAAACUACACGGUACAGGUGCAGAAACAGGAACAGGAACCAUCUCUCCCAGUGAAAGCUCUCAGUAUGUUCAGUGCGUUGCUGGUUGCCUUCAACUGAUGCUGAGAGUGAAUGAGUACAGGUUCGCCUGGGUUGAGGCUGAUGGAGUGAACUGCAUUACAGCAGUGCUGAGUAACAAGUGUGGCUUUCAGCUUCAGUAUCAGAUGAUUUUCUGCGUAUGGCUCCUAGCUUUCAGUCCUCAGCUCUGCGAGCAACUGCGUCGCUACAACGUGGUGCCCGCCCUUUCUGAUAUCCUGCAGGAAUCUGUCAAAGAGAAGGUCACCCGCAUCAUCCUCGCUGCUUUCAGAAACCUGCUGGAGAAGUCUGCAGAGAGGGAGACUCGUCAGGAGUAUGCACUGGCCAUGAUUCAGUGCAAAGUUCUAAAACAACUGGAGAAUCUGGACCAGCAGAAAUAUGAUGAUGAGGACAUCACAGAUGACAUUAAGUUUCUCCUAGAGAGGCUGGGAGAAAGUGUACAAGACCUCAGCUCAUUUGAUGAGUACAGUUCUGAGCUAAAGUCCGGACGGCUGGAAUGGAGUCCAGUGCACAAGUCGGAGAAGUUCUGGAGAGAGAAUGCUGUCCGUCUGAAUGAGAAAAACUAUGAACUGCUCAAGAUUCUCACCAGGCUGUUGGAGGUUUCUGAUGACCCUCAGGUUAUUGCUGUGGCUGCUCAUGAUGUGGGAGAGUAUGUGAGACAUUACCCUCGGGGCAAAAGGGUGAUUGAACAGCUAGGCGGGAAGCAGCUGGUAAUGAACCACAUGCAUCAUGAGGACCAAUUGGUGCGCUACAAUGCCCUCCUGGCGGUGCAGAAGCUCAUGGUGCAUAAUUGGGAGUACCUGGGCAAACAGCUGCAGUCAACAGAGCAGUCCACACCAGCUGUGGCUGCCAGAAGCUGAACUCUCGCUGUGCUCAUACUUGCUCAAGUGAUUGUGUGAACAUCUCUAAUUGCUUAGUCAUCAAUAUGUCCAAAGAAAUGAAAAAAAUGUAAACCUGUAAGGUGUUAUAGUGCAUUUGUGUGCUCCAAAGCCCCAGUAACGACAUCCUAGCUGUUCCAACAGAAAGCAUGGUAAGAGAAGGUUUUUCUACAAUGGACACAGAAAACCAUUGUUUGCUGGUUGAUCGGCUGACGGGUGUGUUUCAUUUUCAUAUACUCAGACACCUCCAAGUCAGGUCCAAAAAAACUAAAUUUAACGGAACAUCAUCAUUCUGGAGUAGAAUGAAGAACCAACAGAACAGUAGCAGUAAUACACAUUUUUGAUUUAUCUGUAUCAUUUCUUAUAUUUUUUCAUGAAUGUUAAAUGCCACCAAAGGUAUUAUUGCUGCAAUUUUAACAGUUGGUAUGAUGCCACUGCAGCCACUAAAAGAUGCUGAAAGUAACAGACUGGUGGCUUUGAAAUGAGAUGAUAACCGUCAACCGACAACCUUUGUGGUCUCGUCCAUUAUUCCCUCAUAAAAUAGAGUUAGUUAAGCUUUAUGUCUUACACAUGAUAAUUUUCAAUUGGUGUUAACACUUGAAAUUCUUUAGUUGCUGUACCAACUACUGCAGCCAUUGCUAAUCGGGGCUUUAUUUCCAUUGUGUAAAUGUGUGUAUUGUGUUUCAUGAUAAAUGCUUAAAGUAGUUUCCAUAGUGAUUGAUAUUCAAUGUUAUUUAUGUCUUAUGAGUAAUACAAGAAUGCAUUCCAAUAAAAAAGUAACCUAAUAAACCUAUUAAAAGUUUAA